AUGCAGACGUCUGGGAUCCCCCACUUCCUCCACAGUCCUAAGGCACAGCUCCUGCUUGUUAAUUCCCUGACAUGUGGUCUGGAGGUAUGUUUGGCCGCAGGAGUCACUUUUGUUCCCCCUUUGUUGCUGGAGGCUGGAGUGGAAGAAAAGUUCAUGACUAUGGUAUUAGGUAGGUGGUAUGCUUUUCUAUGGAUAUACAACAUGAUACAAAUACUCUUCUGUUCUCUACAAGAUGCCUGUACUACUUUUUGUAUUAAAAAUGAUAAACAAGUUUUAAUUAAUGUUUGUCUCCUAAAAUUGGAUGAGUUGGAUAGAACUGAAUUAGAGCUCAUCUAAUAAACAGGUUAAAGUUCACUGACCCCAGAUUUACCCAAGUCACUUAACUCUUGGCCUUAACUAAAUAGUCCGCAGAGGACCUACACUAAGUAGAAAGAUAAACGUGACUUAUUUAGUUAAGGAGUGCAUUCAAGGUCAUUUUAAAACAUUAUUUAUGUAAAACAUAAGUAUGGAUUCAAUAAUUAAACCUAAACUUUACAGAACUUUUUUGUAAAACAACUUUUAUAUAGAAGAAUAUGUAAACUUAAAGGAGCUCUAUAGGGUCAGGAACACAAACAUGUAUUCCUGACCCUAUAGUGUUAAAACCACUAUCUGGCCCCCUUUGCCUCCCUACAGAUUGUAAAAUCUUACUUGUAUUCAAGUCUGAAGCUGACAUCAGAAAUGGUGGCCUGAUCCAAUCCCCAUAGGAUUGGCUGAGACUGACAAGGAGGCAGAUCAGGGGCAGAGCCAGCACAAUUGAAACACAGCCCUGGCCAAUCAGCAUCUCCUCAUAGAGAUUAAUUGAAUCAAUGAAUCUCUAUGAGGAAAGUUCAGUGUGCAUGCAGAGGGAGGAGACACUGAAUGUUUGGAUGCAUUUCAGGCAGCCAUGUCCCAGGAAGGAUCUCUAACAGCCAUCUGAGGAGUGGCCAGUGAAGAUAUCACUAGGCUGUAAUGUAAACACUGCAUUUUCUCUGAAAAGAAAAAAAAAAGCAUGAAGGUAAUGAUUCUAUUCAGAACAAAUUCAAUAAGCUCUAGUUGUUCUGGUGACUAUAGUGUCCUUGUAAAUAAGAUGAUAUAUAAUGAUAACCAGUUCUGUCAAUGAUUCAUCUAGUUUCAUGAUUCUUACAAAAAUUAGGAUUGAACUGAAACAUAUGCAAAUGGUGGUUGGAGAGGGCUAUAUGUCCCACCUGUGAGCAGAAGGUUUUGUUGGUGGAUUUUCCCUUAGUUGAGUUAUUUAGGACAUUGUGCUUUGCUUUUGGCUGAGUAGGGCUUCUGCUGAGAAUUUAAACAUCCAGUACUAUAAGUGGUCUUGUGAAUUAAUUAUUUAUCUUUUAGUUUUUUGGAGUUAUAUAAAUAUGAUUAGAAAGUGCUUACCUCGUGAGAUCAUACCUACAUAAAGAGAUCAAUUGAUUCAUUAGUGAUUCAAAGUAAAAUCACUUCUCUUUUUUCUUGUUCUCCAUUACCUUUAUGAAUCUUAUUUAAAUUCUUUUGCAGAAUUGAUUACUUUUACUAGCAGUAAAAAAUAUUUUGGCUUUUUUAUUAAUUGAUUUUAUCGGUUUGGCCAAGGUGUGCAUGUACCUUCACAGAUCAUUUUAUGUUUUGCAGUAACUAUGCAGUAAAUGUAUCCUUUGCAUGCUAUAAAACCAGUAACCGGUAACUGUUAAAUUGUACUAAAGACAUUUGACAGGUUAUAAGGAUAAGGUGCCAAGGCACUUCUGGUACUAUAACCGGUGUUGUAUCCUGGUUUUGUGCUGCCCUAGGCCUAACACACACACUCACUCACUUUACACUCAUUUUCUUUUUUUUCUUUUUUUUAUUCAACCUCAGCCUCCUUACCUUUGGGAAUGCUGGGGGGUUCUUCCUUUCCCUGGGGGUCCAGUGACUGCUGGGCGGGCUAAUGGGCGGGCGGGCGGCAUUGGCGAGGGAGCACUGAUUAGUGAGCACUCUGCUCAGCUCCCUCGCGCGCCGCAGAGUGAGGCCGGGAGCCGAAAUAUGACGUCAUAGUCCGGCUGCCAGCAUCACUCUGCGGCGCGCGAGGAAGCUGAGCGGAGAGCUCAGAGGAAAGUGCUCCCUCGCCAGUGCUACCUGCCCACUAGCCCGCCCAGCACCCAGCCGGCCUGCCCGGCUUGUCAGUUAGCUGCAAGGCUAACAAGACAUUUGCCCUGGGCAUUUGGGGGCGGCUUUCUUUUGCCACCCAAGGCAAAUGCCUUGUUUGCCUCUCGGCUAAAACGUCCCUGACUAUAACCACUACAGUUGUCUGUAGUAGAUUUGGUGCUGGGAAUGUUCCUUUAAUUUAAUACAUUUGUACUUGAUAGAUCUAGUGGAAAGUCCACUUUGCUCAAAGUUUUGGUACCAAUGUUAGAAAACUUUGAAUGGAAAUGUAGAUAAUUGCAAUGCUUAUGGAGACUGAAAUUUAGAUACUAAAAGCAGACUGCUUUUACCAAUUUUUACUUACAGUAAAAUUCUUCUUGAUGUGUUUUCCAAAACCUCUGCUUUCCAUUUUAAUGCAUGUUUUUUUUUUUUGUUUUUUUUUUGUCUUUUAGGUAUAGGCCCCAUCCUUGGCCUUUUAGUUGUGCACUUCAUAGGUUCUGCCAGCGACCGACUGAGGAGCCGAUUUGGCCGCCGCCGACCCUUUAUCUGGAUUCUGUGCCUAGGAGUAAUGCUAAGUCUGAUCAUUAUCCCAUAUUCCAAACAACUGGCAACAUUUACGGGAGGCGACUAUGCUGGAACACAGGUGGCUUUCCUCAUCCUUGGCAUUGGACUAUUGGAUUCCUGUGGACAGGUUUGCUUUACACCAUUGGAAGCCUUGCUCUCUGACCUGUUCCCAGAGGGAGAGGCCUGCAGCAAAGCAUUUUCAAUGUAUGCCCUGACUGUUGGCCUAGGUGCUUGCAUUGGAUACUUAUUGCCUUCUAUAAACUGGAGUGGCAGCUGGGUGGCACAGCAGUUAGGUGGGCAAGAACAAUGUCUCUUUAUCCUACUUUUAGUCAUUUUGGCUGGAUGUGUUUUUGCCACACUCUUUGUUUCUGAAGAAGUGAGAACUGGUGGUGCACAUGUAGAUGUUCCUGGAGAAGUUCCAUCCAGGGUGGUGACCAAUUUACGAGCUUGGCAGCUCUGGAAUUUGCCACUCAGAGCUUGGCGUUUAGCUAUGGCAUUAAAAGGCAUAUGUGCUUUUGUGUCACGAAUUAGGAAGUUUUGUUACCGGGUACCUUUUGCUCUCUGGCGUCUAUUUGUAGCACAACUCUUUUCCUGGAUGGGUCUCAUGACACUUAUUCUCUUUUAUACUGACUUUGUUGGUGAAGGACUUUAUCAUGGUGUGCCCAUGGCAGAGCCAGGGACGGAAGCUAGACUUCGGUAUGAUGAAGGUGGGUAGUAUUGAUCUUUGUACUACUUUUGUUACUCCAAUAUAUUUUAACUACCUUAUGUUAUGUUUUUAAUAUAUGAUGUUGUUAAAAUGUUGCUGUGAUUUGUGCUUCCACUGGCAUCUUUACCUUCUUUUUAGUUAUAUGCCUGACUAUCUGUAUCCUAUUUUAGGAGUCAGAAUGGGGAGCCUGGGGCUCUUCCUUCAGUCUGUGAUGUCCAUGAUCUUCUCUUUCUCCAUGGAUUAUCUCGUAAAAACUUUUGGCACUCGAUAUGUGUACCUUUCUGCUGUUACCUGCCUCCCAUUGGCUGCAACAGUCAUGUGCUUCUCUCAAAGUGUGAUCCUGGUUACUGCAUCUGCAGCCUUGACUGGCUUCCCGUUCUCUGUUCUGCAGAUCCUGCCGUACACUCUGACCUCACUCUACCACAAUAACCGCCAGGUAAGUAUUUACUGAAUUAUAAUUUGUAAUGAUCGUUGCCUGCAAAUAGUCAGGACUAGCGCAUGGAUAAGAGGAAGUAUCCAGCUUGCCUCACAUUAUACACCCAUCUCAUCCUCUUCCUUAUAAACACAGGGAACACUAUAGAAUUUAUGGAUAGCAGUCAAAAGGUGCGCAUUUUAUAGUUUAAAAUGUAUUUUUGUGUGUGUCUUCUCUAAAGUGGCAUUAUUUCUUUUAGAAUGACUUGAUGUUCUUUUUCAGCGAACAUAAUGCACAUAUGUAAAUUUUGCUUACUCAGUGCGGGUGAAGAGGGGGCGAACGCUAAGGGAGCUCCAAGUUUUGUUAAACCACUCUCAAACUAUAUGCAAAAUAACAGGGGACGUUUCUCAAGGUCUUUUAACUAUAGUACAUAACCAGUACAGAGAGCAGUAGUAAUUAUGUUGUUUGUAUUGUCCCUUUAAUUUAAGUGGAUUUAGACACCAUGGGGGAGAUUUGCAGGUGCUAUUCUAGGUCACAGUGUUAAGUAAUGAACAAUCACCAUGGAAACCAAUAAAACAUCUCUCAACAUUUAUACCCAUAAGCACCUGUUUUUGCUUUGAUAAAUCUUCCCCCAUGUUUCAUAUUCAAUAGGCAAUGUAAUUGGGUAUGACUAGCAAUACACAACACAAACUGGUUAUAAACACAGAGAUUUAUUUACUUAGCACUGAAAUGUACUGAAUUGAAAACCAAUUGCAAAAUCCAGACCAAAAUAGGGAGUGGAAAAUACAUAUAAGUCAAUGGAACGACACCGAGCAAACCUUGCCUUUGUUCCUACAUUGUUUGUUCAAUGCUGCAUUGUAAUACGAAGUAUACAUCUGCAUUUGUAUUUUAAAUUUUAAAUCUGCAAACUAUAGUUUGAGUACAUAAAUCUGACACUCUAUAAAUGUACUAAUCAAUGACUCCAACUGGCUGUUGCAAAUAGUGGUGGCCGCUGGUUACAGCCUUACGUUUUUCUUUUAUACUAAAGUCCUAUUGGAUGUAGUUAGUUUCCAAAAACCAACAUAGAUAGAGCUUGUUCUUAUUUUAUUUUUAAAAAAAGCAUACAUUUUUUAAGUUUAACAGGUAGGAUUUUUCAUGACACAAGGAUUGGUUUUCUUUUCAGUUUUUUUUCCUAAUAAACACGUCUCUUUAAAUUUAUUUGCUUUUAGCUUUUUAAAAACACAUGCUGAUCCAGUGAUGUAUGCUUGUUUUGGGCCUCUCUCUCAUUUCAUCUUCUCUCCUCUUUUUUUUUUUCUUGAUUUCUCUUCUAUCCUGCUGUCCUUGGAUGGGCUGUCUUCUGGGGAUCAGAGAGUUCUUCUGUUCUGUAAGUGUUGUGUGUUUUUGCAAGCUUUUAAGGCUUCAAGGAAGGAUUUUAGAUUGAUGGAAGUUAAAUAUAAGUACCCUAAAUACAAAAUGCAACAUUAUAGGGUUAUGCAGAUCCAUUAUAAAGAACAGCAACCCUGGUCUUAGUAUACCAGAUGAGAGAACCUUCCUUUCACUGUCCAAAAAGAUUGACCUAAUCAAUAAAGAAGUAUUUAGUAUGCUGUUAUAUAAAUAAUAUAUACAUUUUAAAAUGUUAAAUUUGAGACUUGCUUGCUUUUAUGUGAGAGUGAAGUAUUAUUUUUCUAUUCAACAGGUUUUUCUCCCCAAAUACAAGGACAAGUGUGAGAACACAGCAGAAGACAAAGUGAACGAGAAAGAGUGGAAGUCUGGCUUCAUUAAAGAAACGCCGAACGGCACAGCUGUUACACUGCUCAGCUCCCACAACUCCCCGUUGUGCCUUGGUCCUUCUACCAGUGACGGGAGUGCCACUGCAACAGAGCCUGUAGUCGCCAACCAUGGGAUCUGCCUGGAUAUGGCAAUUUUAGAUAGUGCUUUAUUACUGUCACAAGUUGUGCCUUCACUUUUUGUGGGUAUCAUUGUCCAAAUGACUCAGACCGUGACAGCCUACGUUGCUUCCGCUGCACUCUUUGGACUGAUUUCCAUCUAUUUCUCCAAUAAGGUUGUGUUUGAUAAAAGCGAUAUGAUGAAAGUGGAUGCUUUGUAA